AGGAGCUACAGGCUCGUUGUUUCCGGUAUUACCACGUGGAACUCGCGGGCUUGGAUGCUUUCGACAUGGCGGUGUUUGCAGGCCCAGCCAAGCCGCUCUUGUCCCUGGACCCGAAGGAGGAGGCCAAGUUUCACAACAAGGUGGCUCAGGUUCGCCGGCGCGCAAGUAAGCAACAGAAGCAAGAAAAAGAAAAACUUACUCGUGGAGUAAUUUAUGUGGGCCACCUACCUCCAGCACUUUAUGAAACCCAGAUCCAAGCAUAUUUCUCCCAGUUCGGCACUGUUACGAGAUUUAGACUGUCCAGAAGUAAAAAAACUGGAAAUAGCAAAGGCUAUGCCUUUGUGGAGUUUGAAUCUGAAGAUGUUGCCAAGAUAGUUGCUGAAACAAUGAACAACUACCUUUUUGGUGAAAGACUCUUGAAGUGUCAUUUUAUACCACCUGAGAAAGUACAUGAGGAACUUUUCACAAAGUGGCAUAUUCCAUUUAAGAAGCCAUCAUAUCCAGCAGUGAAACGGUAUAAUCAGAACCGGACACUUCUUCAAAAGCUGCGGAUGGAGGAGCGAUUUCAAAAGAAAGAAAAAUUACUCAGGAAGAGAUUAGCUAAGAAAGGAAUUGAUUAUAAUUUUCCUUCAUUGAUUUUACAUAAAAAGGAAAAAAGCAAUGCUUCAAACACUGAUCUUCAGAAAUCCACGAAUAGCCAGGUUUUACCUAAGAAGAAGAAAAAAAGGGUUUCAGCCACACCUAACACUCCCGAGAGGACUCUGAAUAGCCAGGACCCCACACCAGUUUGUACACCAACAUUUUUGGAGAAACGAAAAUCUGAAAUCGCUGAAAUGAAUGAUGAUGAAGAUAAUGAAAUAGUUUUCAAACAACCCUUAUCUGGCAUAAAAGAAGGAACACAAGAGACUAAAACACCUACGCAUUCAAGGAAAAAAAGACAAAGAAAAAGUAAACAGUGCUUCUGAAUAUAUUACAUAUAAUACUUUUGGAAAUGUGAUAUUACUCUGAUGACUUGAGUUUUUUGUAUUUAAAUAGAUAAAGUAGAAUUCAGCUCUUGACAAGAUCAGAAGAAACACUGUUGGUUCAUGUCGAUAAGGAAAGGAAUCAAUAAUUGUGGCUUGCCUGCCCUAGCUGAAAUAGAGGAGUGCAUACACCAUCUUACGGUAGUCAGGCUCACGGUGCCUCUGUCCCAGUCUCUUCUCAUUUUCUUGGCAGAUUUUAUCGCUGUCUCUAGUGACUCUACCUAUAUAAAAGGGUCACCACUAACUGCAAGUUUAAGUACUAAACUGCAGUAUGUGUUGUAUAAUACCAAAUAAAGAAAAUAAAAUCUUGAUUGAUUGACUGUAUGGUUCUCUGUGUUAGGUUGUGCAUUUAACCCAUAAGGGUAUUUAGACUUCAACAUCAUAUGAUUGAAACAGUUAAAUUAUGGAGAGCAAGAAGGCAGCUCAACUAUUGAUACAGAUUUAUUUUAUGUAUAUAUGAUCAUUUACUAAAAUUAGUUUAUGGUAUGCUAGCAUGGGUUACCAACUACAAUUUUGUAUCAGUAUCAGUGUGGAGUUCUGUUUUGUGGUUCAAAUGGUGACCAGCAAAUGAACUUUUUAAAAAAAUUUAUUUGUAUGCAGUUGGGACUUCGGUGUCUUGAAGCAAAGUAGGUUUUCACUUCAAAUAUUUUUAAGUUCCUGAUGCCCUUGAAAUGUACUUUUGUAUUAACUAAUCCAGAUUCAUUAAAA